GAGGCUCAGCAGAUCCUGGAGCAGCGGGCUACCUCCAUUCUCACCUGGCCAGUCAGGAACUGUAAAUCUUCAAGAUGAUCAAAGCAGCGUUGUCCGUCCUCUUGGUCCUGGUGGCCAUGUCCUCCGCAAAAUACAUCCCUAAAUCUGGCAAGAGGAUCCCUCAGACUCUGUCCCGAGGUUGGGGCGAUCAGCUGAUCUGGGCUCAGACCUACGAGGAGGCUCUCUACUGGGCGAGGUCAAGAAACAAGCCUCUGAUGGUCCUCUUUCACCUUGAGGACUGUCCACACAGCCUGGAACUCAGGAAGGUUUUCUCUGAGGACAACGGGAUCCAGAGAAUGCUCGACGAGGAGUUCAUCGUCCUCAAUCUGAUGUAUGAAACCACAGACAAACAUCUGUCUCCUGAUGGACAGUAUGUACCCAGGAUCAUUUUUGUCGAUCCCACAAUGACGGUGAGGGCCGACAUCGUGGGUCGCUACUCCAACCGCAUGUACGCCUACGAACCACUUGACAUCAAACUCUUCAAGAGCAACAUGGAAAAGGCGAAGAAGCUCCUGAAGUCCGAGCUGUGAGCACAGUACCAUGCUGUCACUACUGUUUACAUGUGGAAACCAAGCAUUUGGAAGGGCUCCUUCUGAUUCUUACCGUUGUUAUUAUUGCUGUCUUUUGAAUAAAUAUAGAACUAUUCACACAUACAA